CAAGACUUUAAUUGGUCUAGACAGAAUUUAAAGCGAUUCAAAACUAGACUUUAAGUCAUCGAUGGAUGAAAUCUCACUAGGCCUACCACCAAGAUCAAUUCUCAGAUCCAACAUCAUCCGACAAUCAACUUGCUUGGAGCCACUUGGAGCUACGAAAGAGGGCCAGCAGCGACGUGUAUUGUAGAAGGUCGUUCGGGCGUCAUUCAGGGGUUAUCGACUAAUUGAACUAAAUCACAUAAAAUUUAUAAAUUGAUCAGCAAUAUUAAUUUGAUUUAUUUUUUUCCCACUAAAUAAAUUUAAAAAAUAUCAAAAAUGUUGCCACGUCUUCUUAAACCUUCAGUUAUUGCUCAAGGAGCCAAACAAUUGUCAACUAGCUCUCAGCGAAAUGCCAAGGUCGCUGUCAUGGGUGCCAGUGGUGGUAUUGGACAACCUUUAUCACUUCUGCUCAAGCAAUCACCUCUCGUAACAGAAUUAUCGCUUUAUGAUAUUGUCAAUACUCCUGGAGUUGCUGCUGAUCUGUCUCACAUCGAUACCCACUCAAAAGUUAAGGGUUUUGCUGGCCCGGAUCAAUUGAAAGAUUCUCUCCGAGGUGUUCAGGUCGUAAUCAUCCCAGCUGGUGUACCUCGUAAACCAGGAAUGACUCGUGAUGAUCUUUUCAACACGAAUGCAUCAAUUGUUCGGGAUUUAGCACAAGCCGUUGCUGAAGUAGCACCAAAGGCUUUCAUUGCCAUCAUUUCAAACCCUGUUAACAGUACAGUACCUAUUGCCAGUGAAGUUAUGCAAAAAGCUGGUGUUUACGACCCAAACAGGAUUUUUGGAGUCACCACAUUGGAUAUCGUCAGAUCUAAUGCAUUCAUUGGUGAAGCUAAGGGAUUGGACCCUCAAAAAGUAUCUGUACCAGUAAUUGGUGGUCACAGUGGUAUUACUAUUAUUCCUGUCAUCUCGCAAGCGAAACCAAGUGUUUCAUUCCCAGAUGAUAAACUCAAGGCACUUACUGAGAGAAUCCAAGAAGCUGGAACAGAAGUUGUUAAAGCUAAAGCUGGAACUGGAUCAGCUACUCUGUCAAUGGCGUACGCUGGUGCCCGUUUUGGAUUUUCACUGAUUCGAGCACUCAAUGGCGAACAAAAUGUCGUCGAGUGCGCGUACGUGAGAUCUAACGUUACCGAAGCCAAAUAUUUCUCAACUCCUGUUCUCCUUGGCAAAAAUGGAGUAGAAAAGAAUCUUGGUUUGGGAAAACUGAGUGCCUUUGAAGAAAAAUUAUUGGCUGCUGCGAUUCCAGAACUCAAGAAGAACAUUCAAAAGGGUGAAGACUUUGUGAAUAAGAAGUGAACAUCUGUGUAAAUGAAUAAUAGAUUAUUAAAACACGUAUAUUAAUAUACGUUUCAAGUAAAAAAAAAAAAAAUAAUAAUAAAUAAAUAACAAUUGUAACAAUUCGUAUUAAAAUCUAAUUGGCAUGUAUUUCAGAAAAAAAAAAGAAAAAUUUUCGCAUUUACUGCAACUAGCGUUAAAAAUGUUAAAUUACAUAAAAUAGUACUCAAUUUGCGUUCUAAGUUAAUGUAAAAUAGUACAAAGAAUAAAUAAAACUGAUCAAUAGAAGAAUAA